AUGAAUUUCUUAUUCAAUUGGCUAGGCUGGGAUACGCAGAGUGGCAGUGGUAGUGGUAGUGGUAGUGGUAGUGGCAGUGACAGCAUCACCAACACCACCGCCUACACCCACCAAGAACAGCCACUAAAGCCUCCAGAUUCUCAAGAUUCUCAAGACAAUUACUCACAGCAGCAACCCACAGACACCUCCGAUAGCAACAGCAGCGAUUACAGCGAUUACACACUUCAAUCUCCUCAACCCCCCCAUCAUCGCCCGCCGACCAAGAUCACACAUCCAAAUCGCUCUAAUAGCCAGCGCAAUAAUCUUAUAGGCAAGCUAUUCAAGAAUAAGGGCAAAUGCCGCUCCUACCAUCCUCAUCGUCGCUUAUCUUUUGAUGGCAUCCCCCAACAUAUCCGGAUACAUUCUCAUCGGCAACCUACAAAACAAUUUCAUAGACUACACUUACAACAAGUUCUUUAUCCUCCUAUGUCUAAUUUAUCCGUUCUUCCUUCCUCAUUAGCCGAACGUGCAAAAAUUCACAAAUCUUCUAGACCUUAUUCUCCAACUAGAUCUCCUUCUACAGAGAACGCUCCUCAAAGAUCCGCCAGCUACGACGAUGAAGACGCUGUUUACGACAUGAAAUUUAGUCACGAUGGUAACUACCUUGCCUCGGCUAACUUUAACGGUUUGGUCAGAAUUCACAAUCUCAAACACGAUAAGACUUCUUUCGACGAUAUUGAUGUGAAAGAGUUUAGCGAUCAUCACUCCGGCGUAUCUGGUUUGGACUGGAGCAAGAACAAUUUUUUCAUCACCGCAAGUCUAGAUAAGACUGUUAGACUUUGGCAUCCAAAUAGAUCUGGCUGUUUGUCCACUUUUAGGCACAACGAUAUUGUCACAUCUACCAAAUUUCAUCCUAAGGACGACAGAUAUUUUAUCUCGUCUAGUUUAGAUGCUACAAUCAAACUAUGGUCAAUUCCACUCAAAUCUGCCAUUUUCUCACACAGACUCAAUGAGCUCAUCACAGCUUGCGCAUUUAGCAAGACGGGUAACUACAUCUUGGUUGGCACCCUCCUCGGUCAGCUUGACAUAUUCACCUACUCUAAUAAGGGGAUGAAGCAUGUAGCUACCAUUAAGCUUUACAAUUACACAAACCAGACACACAUUCACAACGCUGAGAAUCACAACUCAAAGAGGAUAAACUCCAGCAAAAAGAUAGUAGGAAUUGAAGCAAUUCCAUAUGUCCACGAUGAUUUCGUCUUAGUUACAAACGCCGAUAACAGAGCAUACAUGGUUAACCUUGAUAGCAAGAAAGUAGUCGCGAAGUUUAAAGGUAAUAAAAACAGAUCGAUGCAGAUGGGUAUCACACCCAGCAGCGAUGGUAGCUGGAUCAGCUCUGGCAGUGAAGACAAGCAUCUCUACGUAUGGCCUACGCAAUGUGCGAUCAAUGCCAGAGCAGAUGAUAACAGCAUCAACAUCCCCGGUUAUGACCUAUGGCAAACACCCGAACUUAUUAAAUGUACAGCAAUACUACGCCAGGAGCAUGAGGUGAUUGUUGUCGGUGGAAGUGAUAGUGGAUCUAUAUACGUCUACAGAGCUUCGAUCAACCAGAAUAAGGUACCGGAGUUGAAGCAUCCGAAACCUAAUCAGAUGAGUUUACCACUACCAUCGAGUACAGGUAGUACAAAUAAGAAAAAAUCACGACGCAAGAGACCUUUGAGCGCACUACCAAUUCUCGGUGGAAGUGACUCAUCAACAUCUGGACACAAGCAAUCACACUUUCAUUCACAUUCACCGCUAACGCUUACACCUAAUUCAACCAUCUCACCAAAGCAUGAUAGGCAUCAGUAUUUCUGA